UUUAGUUAUAUUUCUCUUUUAUUUGUGCUGGAUUACCAUCAAAUAUUUCCCUCUGUGUCCUCCCUGCUCUCUCUCCUCCACCCGCAGUUCCUCCUCUCCCACCCACCCUGGUUUCUAAUUGGAUUUCAUUACCAUUUCCUUUCAGUUUUUUCCCAGCCAGACUCUCUGGUUGGGAGGAACAGCUUCAGCUGGAUUCUCCUCGGCACUCACGAACAUCAGCAGCAGUUGCAGCAGCUCUCAAAGACUUCACUACAUCAGCCACCGUGACACUGCAAUGACCUCGCUCAGGCUGUUACCCGUGUUGCACUCCCUCCUCGUCCUACAAGUCCAUCUUUCCAACCAGUUAGAAGACAACAAGAUCCCUCCUAGUUUGUGUACUGGUCACCCUGGUAUCCCGGGCUCUCCCGGAGCUCAUGGCAGUCCUGGUCAGCCAGGGAGAGAUGGGAGAGACGGGAGAGAUGCCGCUCCGGGGGAGAAGGGACAGAAGGGGGACAGAGGAGACACAGGCGAGACAGGAGUGAGAGGCCUAACAGGAGACAGAGGUGACCCAGGAGAAAAGGGGGAGAGGGGGCAGCCGGGGGAGUGCGCUGUGGCCCCCAAAUCAGCCUUCAGUGCUAAACUGUCCGAGGGCCUCACUUUACCCCUCACUGUGGGCGAUGCAGUCCGCUUCGACAAGAUCAUGCUGAAUGAGCAGGGUGACUACAACACGGAGACGGGACGCUUCACCUGCAAAGUCCCUGGAGUCUACUACUUUGCCGUCCAUGCCACAGUCUACCGUGCCAGCCUGCAGUUUGACCUGAUGAAGAACGGACACACGGUGGCGUCUUAUUUUCAGUUUUAUGGAAACUGGCCCAAACCUGCGUCUCUGUCAGGUGGCUCCCUGCUCCACCUCGUCCCUGGUGACCAGGUGUGGGUCCAGAUGGCUCUGUCGGAGUACAAUGGAUUUUACUCAAGCACCAAGACAGACAGCACCUUCACCGGCUUCCUGGUGUAUUCAGACUGGAAAAACUCUGCUGUAUUUGCUUGACAUGUGCUUGUGAACAAAACAAAGUCAUAUUCCCCUGGGGGAUAAUGAACCACAACUUUUUUCUUUUGCCUAUUUUAGUUUCCUAAUUGAGACGUUCUGGAUAAUGACAAGUGAAUCGGCUGUGACGUGGUACAGCUGUAUUUGCAUAACAAGUAAAAAACACACCAGACAAUGUUACUUGAAUGGCACAUACCGUACUGGUGAAGUGUGGGGCACAUACACCGAGCAGUAAUGUUUAUUCAGCGUCUGUUCUUCAGUUGCAGCUUUUAAACUGUUGUGACAGUUGAUUAUUGUACCAGAUGUUGUGACAACGGCCUCCAGCCAACUCCUGGCCACAAAUUCAAAUAGCUUCUAUGUUAUUAUUGCACAUUGUUUCUCAUCAGUUUCUGCACAGUGAACAUAAAACAUGAAUAAAUCAUUUUAGCUUUUAAAACA